AUGAGGGUUGCUGUGAUUGUUAGUUGCAACCUGGUUUUUACUCUAGUGGAUAUUGUGCUUACCACGGUCUUAUAUAUACAUGGAUCAAACAUUGAUAUAUUUUCAGAUGAAACCGAAGACUUUGACAUACAUCGCUCAACUGUGGACUUGUGGGGAACAGUUCUUAUACGGGUCAGUCUUCUUUUCGGGGCUUCCAUUGGUGUGUUCUUCAACAGGAGAGAUGGCCCUCGGAGAGUGUCAAACCUGGGGACUCUGGUGGCUCUCAUAUGCCUUACCAACAUGACUUACGCUUUGGCCAAGCUGCUGAUGCUUUCUGAGGAGGGAAACCUGAUGUAUGACCCCUGGUUCCUAAGUUUGUUCUCCUGGACCUGCGUGGCAGCUAUAGGAGUCAUGAUCUUCUGGAAAAUUUUGUCGCAGACUCCCAAUGCUGUGUCUGACAGAGAGGACAGUGAGGACACGGAGAGACUAGUGGACGAGACUGAAGAUGAGUCUGAGAAGAGCAUGAAAUCAGGGAAAGAGCAUACACAUUCAGGGGCCACAAUCGGCCGUCUGCUGUCGUACUGUAAGAAGGACUCCAGUUUGCUGAGCAUCGCUUUCUUCUUUCUUCUCCUCUCAGCUGUGUGUGAAGCUUUCAUACCUUAUUACACAGGGCAAGCAAUAGAUGGCAUAGUUAUCCAGAAAAGCAUGGAUCACUUUGCCAAACCAAUGAUUACUCUCAGUGUGUUGGCUUUGGUCAGCUCCAUAGCCAUUGGGUUUCGUGGCGGAGUCUUUUCUGUGACGUUUGCCAGAUUGAACAUUCGACUUCGCAACCUUCUCUUCAGAUCACUAAUGCAUCAGGAGAUCGGAUUCUUCGAUGCCAACCAUACAGGUGACAUUACAUCUAGACUUACCUCAGACACUACUCAGGUCAGUGACCUCAUCUCACAAAACGUGAACCUGUUCCUACGUAGCUUUGUGAAAGCUGUGGGCAUCUUCAUAUUCAUGUUUGGGAUGUCCUGGAAACUGUCUGUAGUCACUAUCAUGGGCUUCCCAUACAUAGCUGUGGUCUCCAAGCUGUAUGGAGAGUAUUAUAAGAAAUUAACCAAAGAAGUCCAGACGGCACUGGCUCAGGCCAAUAAAGUGGCAGAGGAAACUAUAUCAGCCAUGAGAACAGUGCGAAGUUUUGCAAAUGAGGAUCAGGAAGGAGACAUGUACUACAGCAGACUGCAGGAGAUGUUCGUUUUAAAUAAGAAGCAAGCCAUUGCCUAUGCCUGCUUCAUGUGGUCCAGCUAUAUUUCUGAGCUGGCCUUACAAGUAGCAAUCUUGUUUUAUGGAGGCCAUCUAGUGGUGACAAAUCAGAUGAGCGGCGGGACACUUAUUUCCUUUGUUAUCUACGAGCUGGAACUUGGAGAGGCUCUGGAGAGCAUAUCAUCGGUGUACACCGGUUUGAUGCAGGGUGUUGGUGCUGCAGAGAAAGUGUUUGAAUAUAUUGACAGGAAACCUAAACAUGCCCUUAAUGGCCAAGAAGCUCCAGAGACACUGGAGGGGCAGGUGGAAUUCAACAACGUGACAUUUGCAUAUCCGUCACGUCCAGAGAUGGAUGUAUUGAAGAAUGUAUCCUUCAGUCUUCGCCCAGGGCAAGUAACUGCACUUGUAGGGCCCUCUGGUGGUGGAAAAAGCUCAUGUGUGUGUUUGCUGGAGAACUUCUAUGCCCCUCAGCAAGGCCAAGUGCUGGUGGAUGGGCGACCUGUGAACACUUACCAGCACAAAUAUUAUCACUCCAAGGUGGCACUGGUGGCUCAGGAACCUGUUCUGUUUGCCCGUACUGUUCAGAUGAAUAUCUCCUAUGGUGUACCUGAAGCUCCCAUGGAGGCGGUUAUCAGGGCUGCCAUCAAUGCCAAUGCACAUGACUUCAUAACAGGCCUCUCUAAAGGAUAUGACUCUGGGGUCGGAGAGAAGGGCACUCAGCUCUCUGGUGGGCAGAAACAGAGAGUUGCCAUCGCCCGAGCUCUCAUCAGAAGCCCUCGCAUUCUCAUUCUGGAUGAAGCCACAAGCGCACUGGAUUCAGAAAGCGAAUACAUAGUUCAGCAGGCUCUGAACAACUUGAUGCGGGAGCACACAGUUUUAGUGAUUGCCCACAGACUGAGCACAGUGGAGAGAGCAGACAACAUCCUUGUGAUCGACAAAGGCUCUGUGGUGGAGCAGGGCCCUCAUGCUGAACUCAUGGCCAGAGGAGGCCUCUACUGUAAGCUGGUGCAGAGACAGAUCCUGGGCACUGAAAUCGAUGUAGAUGAUAAAAACCCAUCGCCAGCCCCAACAUGGGAGCUAAAGACAGAAGAUAAGGAGAAUGCAGAGGACUGUAGUGACACAGAGUAUGAAACACGCUACUGAGAGCCAAUCAUUUUGUGCUUUAUAUGAUUAUUGGUAUGAAGGCCUUAAUACUAGAUUUGUUUACUUGAUCGGAUAUUGGGAUAUAUCAGAUAAUGUGCAUGUCAAAGAAUGUUUACUACAAGACUGGGGGACUGCCUUGAAUAAUACUUUAAGCAAUAAAUACUUGAUGCAUCUGAUGUACUGUAUAUUAGUUUUAAAUGUGUAUAUCUUAAUUUAAUUGUAUUAUUCAAGUUAUAGAAAUAAAACAUAUGGAUGGAUGGAAAAUAAUUCUUGUUUUUUUUUUAAUGAGCCAGUAUACAGUAGAAUAGGACUAUUUUUUUCAUUUAUUUAAUUUUCAUAUUUUAUUUUAAGGUUAUAUAUGUCUGGGUGUAU